CCCGCCCCCUGGUGACGUGUAGCGCGUAGAGCAGUACGGGAUUGGCUGGAGAGGGCGGGCUGUGUGGAGAGGACGGCGGGUAGUGACGUCACGACAAGGAGAUGUGAUUGGCGGGGGCACAAGAUGGCCGCUACGCGUGGAGCUUGGUGUGUGCCUUGUCUUGCCUCCAAUGAAACACUUCAAGAAUUAUGCCGGAAAGAGUCACUCAUCUGCAAGUGCCUUGGGAUUACAAGGAAAAAUCUAAACAAUUAUGAAGUGGAAUAUAUCUGUGACCACAAAAUAGAAAAGGGUAAUGAAUAUUUCCUUGUGAAAUGGAAAGGAUGGCCAGAGUCACAUAAUACAUGGGAGCCCAAACAAAACCUCAAAUGUUCAACACUUUUAAAGCAGUUUUACAGUGACCUCUACAAGUAUUUAUCUGAACUCAAUCCCGGUAAAGCAAGUGUGCUUAAAAACAGCAUGAAAUCAUUGGAUCGUCCUGUUGCUGACUAUAUAGUCAAAAAGGCUAAACAGCGAAUUGCACUCAAACGAUGGGAAGACGAGCUCAAUAGGAAAAAAUCCCACCAUGGAAUGCUAUACGUAGAAAAUGAUGUGGAUCUUAAUGGUCCCCCUAGAGACUUUUAUUAUAUAAACGAUUAUAAAGCUUCUCCUGGAGUAAACACUUUGGGAGAAGCCAUUGUUGGUUGUGAAUGUACGGAUUGCUUUACCGGUAAAUGUUGCCCUACUGAGGCAGGGGUUUGUUUUGCUUACAAUGAACACAGACAGAUUAAGAUCCAACCUGGACGGCCUAUUUAUGAAUGCAACUCUAGAUGUAAAUGUGGUCCAGAUUGUCCAAAUCGAGUGGUACAGAAAGGACCCCCUUAUUCUUUGUGCAUCUUUAGGACACACAAUGGACGUGGCUGGGGGGUUAAAACACUCCAGAAAAUCAAGAAGCACAGCUUUGUCAUGGAAUAUGUUGGCGAGGUGAUAACAAGUGAAGAGGCAGAGAGGAGGGGUCAACAAUAUGAUAGUACAGGAAUCACUUACCUCUUUGACCUGGACUAUGAAUCAGAUGAGUUUACUGUGGAUGCUGCUCGAUAUGGAAACGUCUCACACUUUGUAAAUCACAGUUGUGAUCCCAAUCUUCAGGUAUACAACGUAUUUAUAGAUAAUCUGGAUGUGCGUCUUCCUCGAAUUGCAUUAUUUUCAACAAGACAGAUCAAAGCUGGAGAGGAACUUACAUUUGAUUACCAAAUGAAAGGUUCAGGAGAUCUCAGCACAGAUUCUAUUGAGAUGAGCCCAGCUAAGAAGAGAGUGCGGACAGCCUGCAGAUGUGGAGCUGCUAUCUGUAGAGGAUACCUUUAAUUUAAUCUCUUUCCUAAUAAAUGACAUAUUUUACCAUGCUGUGACAAGGUUUUAUUUUUGACAGACACACAUUUACUGUUAAGUGUUUUUUUCUGGAGUAAGUCUGUGUGAGCUUUUAAUGUGCACAAUAAACUUAACAGAUUGUUUUCUAAAGGUUUGCCUAGGAUAAACUAUAUUUGUAUAUGAGGCAUCAACAGAAUAUAUUUUUUUUUAUGUGGCUUUCACAUGAAGUAAGAUUUGUAUGCAGGGCUGUGGAGUCUAGAAGCCAAACUUAUGACUCUAGCUAGGACCUCCUUAUUUUUACAAAUGGCUCAGGCAUAAUUUAGUAAUAACUAUUUUUUUUGUAGUAAAAUGGAAACGCAAGGGUUUUCAUCGCCUAUGCAAGGAAAGUCAACAAGCUGUGUAUUUAAUAAAUUAUACUAAGUGAAUAUUUCAUAUUUGUAUUCUCAACUUGUCAGUACAUUUCUACCAACUAACUUCACAGCCCAUAUUAUGCUAGAAUGUCAGUAAAUGGCAGCCGCUAAAUAUUUCAUGUUUUAUUAAUGUCUGAUUAAAAAAAGGAAGAAAAA